AUGGCCUCUAAAGUUUACUUGGAAGGACAGCUUAACUACUUCCGUGUUUGUCACAUAGCCACUGAUAUAUUGCCCCCAGCUUUACGAUUACUGUUCAAGCAGGAAUGGGACAGUCGUUACAAGGCAACACUUGGAGAAUGGAAGGACACGCCUCAAAAUGGCCUGGACUUUAAAAACGGUGAGUCUCCAGCUAAGCAAAAAAGAAAUGCCCGACUGUUAGCCACAAUGGUAAAUGGAGACAGGGCGCAGUGGGACUGUACUAUGCUAUUUUAUGCCAUCCUGUAUUCUGACUCUAUUGCGGGCCAUGGACUAAGUCCACUGAUUAGGACAAAUGUUGAUUAUCUCAGAAAGUUUCGCAAUGAAGACUACGCUCACAUGACAGAAGGUCAGUUCUCAAAUGCAGACUUCAAAAUCACCGUUGCAAAAGUGGAGACAGCAUUUCGAACUCUUGGCCUGUCUACUGUAGAAAUCCAAACAGUAAGUAAGCAGAAAAGUUUUGCCACCGAUGAAUUGCAAAAUGUGAAGAUAUGUAAUCAGAAUCUUACCCAAGACCUUCAGACGAAAGAUGCGGAACUUCAAGACAAAGCUACUGAAUUACAGGAGAAAACAACAGAACUUUUGAGGAAAAAUGUGGAACUCCGGGAAGAAAAAGACAAGUUACAAGAAAAGCAUGCUGAACUUCGAGAGAAGGAAGCAGAACUUCAAGUGAACAAAGACAGGCUAAAAUUUACUGAAGAACAACGCAAGGUGUUUGAAGAGCAACUACUGCGCGAAGCAGAGCCAUUUUGCGUCCUUCCACCCAGACCUCCCCAUAUGAUCGCAAGUCGCGAUUACCACGUUGAUAAAAUAACGCAAAAGCUGUUAAACUUAAGGAAGGCUAACGAGAACACUUUAAGUUAUUGUUAUAUUUCAGGCAAUCCUGGGAGUGGCAAAUCUCAGCUGGCUGGACUAGUUGCUGAGAAAUACUACAAAGACGCCAGUAAAGACACAACUGCUCCGUCAUUUGUAAUGACUUUAAGUGCUGAAAACCCAGAAGCGCUUUUAACAUCAUACCUGUCACUGGCAAGAAAAAUGCAGUGUCCCGAGUGUACUAUAAAUACCACCGAAAACUCCAAGGAUCUAAAUAAUGAAAGGAAAAUAGCUAUUAUCAAAGAUUUAAUUGCGACAAAAAUUCACCUUUACUCAUCUUGGCUCUUAGUGAUUGACAAUGUCACAAAUCUUCCUUGGAUAAGUCAGUUUCUUCCUGAGCGUGGAAAUGAGCAGUGGGGCAAAGGCCAGCUGUUAAUCACCACGCAGGAUUGCUCCUGUAUCUCUCCAGAUAAUUCCUUCUUAUCCCAAAUCUCCGUAAGCAAAGGCAUGGAGCCUGCUGAAGCUGUUUGCCUUCUAACCGAGCUCUCUGGAGUCACUGAUAAUGACAUGGGAGAAAACGUAGCCCAAGCAUUGGAUUACCAGCCACUUGCACUAGCCAGCGCAGGAGUAUACGUGAGAAAUGUGCGAAAUACCAAUCCAAACUUUGGCUGGGCGGGGUACUUAGACAAACUAGAGAAAGGCAAACGUGAACUCACUGAAAAUGAACUCGCCAAAGUAAACAGUAUCUACCCAAACUCUAUGACUGUAGCGACUAAGAUAGCUCUUGAAACGGUAAUGGACUCUAAUGAAAUAAUGAAGCAUGCUUUCACUUUUCUUGCUUUUUGUGCACCAGAGCCAUUGAGGUUAGACGUGUUAACCACUUACGUUGGAAAUGCUGUUGGAGAGUUGGAUGAAGAGAACAUACGCAUUCAGAUUCAAGGGUCCUCUCUGUUGCUAAUCGAAAAGGAGGAUGUUGUCAACAUUCAUUUACACAUGGUGGUACACGAUAUUGUCAAGCAUUUAGUUAAAGACCAAAUGGAGGCUAAUGAACAUGCCCGCGUUGCUUGUGUCGCAAUGGGGUCAUUCAGUCAGUACAUUCACGAAGCAAUACCAGAGAUCCUGCAAAGUGAAGAUUCUGUGUGUAGAAGCAGACAUAUUGUUCCACACUUAAAAACUCUAGCUGAAGGAAUUCCAAACAUUAUCUCUACUAAAGAGAAUUUCGGUCUCAUCAAAAACACUAUUCUAAAUAAACACAAUUCUAUUUAUAACUUUGAGAUGCUUGGUCAAGUUUGCUGCUUACAUAGCGAGUACGAGUCGGCAAUGAUUUUUUUCAGUGUAGCUCGAAAACUCAUCGAAGACAAAACGAUAGGGACAGGGCCCGACGAUGUUGAGCAGUUCGCACGUAUUUACCAUAACAUGGGUCUCUUACAUAGGCAAUUGGGUGACUAUCAACGGGCCAAGGAGUAUUCUGAACGUGCCCUGUCGAUCCAACUGAACAAGCUUGGACCCGACCAUGUUGUUGUCGCGCGAACGUACCAUAACAUGGGUCUCCUACAUAGCGACUUGGGUGACUAUCAUCAGGCCAAGGAGUAUUAUGAACGUGCCUUGUCCAUACGACUGAAUAAGCUUGGACCCGACCAUGUUGAUGUCGCGGCUACGUACCAGAACAUGGGUAACCUACAUCGGGACUUGGGUGACCGUCCUCAGGCCAAGGAGUAUUAUGAACGUGCCCUAUCCAUACAACUGAUUAAGCUUGUACCCGACCAUGUUGACGUCGCGCGAACGUACCAUAACAUGGGUACUUUACAUCGCGACUUGGGUGACCAUCAUCUGGCCAAGGAGUAUUAUGAACGUGCCCUGUCGAUCCAACUGAAUAAGCUUGGACCCGACCAUGUUGCUGUCGCGCGAACGUACCAUAACAUGGGUAAGCUACAACAGGACUUGGGUUACAAUCAUCAGGCCAAGGAGUAUUAUGAACGUGCCUUGUCCAUACGACUGGAUAAGCUUGGACCCGACCAUGUUGCUGUCGCGGCUACGUAUCAUAACAUGGGUCUUCUACAUAGCGACUUGGGUGACCAUCAUCAGGCCAAGGAGUAUUAUGAACGUGCCCUGUCGAUCCAACUGAAUAAGCUUGGACCCGACCAUGUUGCUGUCGCGCGAACGUACCAUAACAUGGGUACCUUACAUCGCGACUUGGGUGACCAUCAUCAGGCCAAGGAGUAUUAUGAACGUGCCUUGUCCAUACGACUGAAUAAGCUUGGACCCGACCACGUUGCUGUCGCGGCUACGUACCAUAACAUGGGUCUCCUAUAUAGCGACUUGGGUGACCAUCAUCAGGCCAAGGAGUAUUAUGAACGUGUCCUGUCCAUACAUCUGAAUAAGCUUGGACCCGACUAUGUUGACGUCCCGCGAACGUACCAUAACAUGGGUACCUUACAUCGCGACUUGGGUGACUACCAUCAGCCCAAGGAUUAUUAUGAACGUGUCCUGUCCAUACGACGGAAAAUUAUAAGGGGCCGACUAUUUGAAUUUUGA